AACAACACAUAAAAAUGGGUUUGCAAGAAGAUUUCACUCAAGCUGCUGAAGACAUCAAGAAGUUGACCUCUGGACCAACCAAUGAUGAUCUCCUUUUGUUGUACUCUUUGUACAAGCAAGCUACUGUUGGUGAUUGCAACACUGAUCAACCAUCUAUCUUCUACAUGAAGGAUAGAGCUAAAUGGGACGCCUGGAAGGGUAAGGAAGGUAUGACCAAGGAAGAUGCCAUGGAACAAUACGUUGCUCUCGUCAAGGAAUUGCUCGCCAAGCACCAAUAAAUUUGUGUUUAGUUUUUUGA